CAACAUCUCCUCCCCGCUACAAGGACGCAUUUCCCCCCUUAAACCUCAACCCUGGCGGCUAAACCCAACUGGACCAGGAAACCAGCCGCCUAACCGACCCACAUCACGCUUUCUGCCUUUCCUCUUCAGGUUGGACUCUUCAGAGGAUCUAGGCUGUCCCGGGACAGUGAAGCUCGGCAGUGGCCCGAGCGCCGCUCACCCUCACCGAGGCAAACUUUUUACCGACACCGGAGCAGCCUGUGAGUGAGGAGGCGGUGUGUGUAGUCGGCGGGGCGGCGGAGGUAUGACUGCGUUGGCGGGGUCGGUACCCAGGAUGAUGCGGCCCACGCUGACUCAGAACUACCCCCGCAGCGGUUUCCCACUGGAAGUGUCCACCCCACUGGGUCAGGGCCGAGUCAACCAGCUCGGAGGAGUUUUCAUAAAUGGCAGACCUCUGCCGAACCACAUCCGACAUAAGAUCGUAGAGAUGGCCCACCACGGGAUCAGGCCAUGCGUCAUCUCCCGACAGCUGCGGGUCUCCCACGGCUGCGUGUCCAAAAUCCUGUGCCGGUACCAGGAGACAGGCUCCAUCAGACCCGGGGCCAUCGGAGGCAGCAAACCCAAGCAGGGAACCACGCCGGACGUAGAGAGGAGAAUAGAAGAAUACAAGCGGGAAAACCCGGGUAUGUUUAGCUGGGAGAUUCGGGAUAAAUUACUGAAGGAUGGGAUAUGUGACCGCAACAACGUUCCCUCAGUGAGCUCCAUCAGUCGCAUCAUGCGGACUAAAUUCGGGAGUAAAGGCGAUGAAGAGGAGGAUGAAGAUGAAGUGGAGAAGAAGGAGCUGGAGGAGAGCGACCGGAGGGCCAAACACAGCAUCGAGGGCAUCUUAGGAGACAGAUCGAGCCACUCAGACGACGGUUCAGAUGUGGAGUCGGAGCCUGACCUGCCUCUGAAGAGAAAGCAACGGCGCAGCCGGACCACCUUCACCGCUGAGCAGCUGGAGGAGCUGGAGAGGGCCUUUGAGAGGACACAUUACCCUGACAUCUACACCAGGGAGGAGCUUGCUCAGAGGGCCAAGCUCACAGAGGCCCGGGUACAGGUGUGGUUCAGCAACAGGCGGGCCAGGUGGAGGAAGCAAGCUGGAGCCAAUCAGCUGAUGGCAUUUAAUCACCUGAUCCCAGGAUUCCCAGCCUCAGCCAUGUCCAGCAUCCCUCCUUACCAACUCUCUGAUGGAUCCUACCCCCCGUCUUCUAUAGCACAAGUGUCGGAGCCUCCCAGCACGGUGCACCGUCCCCAGCCACUGCCUCCCUCUUCAGGCCAUCAGGCCUCCAGUGUUGCUGGACAGGGAGAGGGCGGCUCUGCCUACUGUCUCGCCUCUGGACGUCACUCUUUCUCAGGCUACUCAGACAGCUUUGUCAGCCCUGGUGGACCAACCAAUCCCAUGAACCCUGCCAUCGGAAAUGGGCUCUCUCCACAGGUGAUGGGCUUGCUGAACCCAGGCGGCGUGCCUCACCAGCCCCAAAGCGACUAUGCCAUCUCUCCUCUGACGAGCGGCCUCGAGCCCCCUGCCGGCAUGGCUGCCAGCUGCAGCCAGCGCAUGGAUCACAUCAAGGGCUUGGAGGGUCUUAGUAGUGUCCCCUCCAUGUCGGCUCUGCCCUCCCUGCCCAGCUCACAGUCCUACUGUCCCCCGUCCUACAGCUCACAGGGCUACACCGUCGACCACGUUGCAUCCUACCAGUAUGGCCAGUACGGACAAAGUAAGGUGCCCUUCCUUAUCUGAGGCCUGAAAUCACCUGAUCAGCCGCUCAGCUCUUCGCAGAGAGGCGGGUGUGCACAGUGGCGGAAAUGCCUGAAUAUCUGGACCAAAAUUUAUCAGGACACAUUCUCUCCUACAGGAUUUAACCUUUAAUUUCUGCUGGAGAAAUGGACUUUUAAAAAUAAAUUGAAAAAAGAAGAAGAAGGGAUCACAAGAAGGAAUGUUGGAGCUUAAAGUGUAGCUUGAACAUUGCUGCAGAGGUGGUUGAACGGUGAGAUUCCAGCGCUUAAUGAGGUUGGCUCUGUGGAGCUGUGACCAUCUGCUGCGCCACGAGGAGGCACUUUCCACAGGCAGCGACCCAACACGCUCUGCCUGUGGACAGAAACCCAAACCUAUCAUCACAGACCUGUUUACAUGUCUAAAAAAUUCAGUUUUUCUCCAAAUUAAUCCCCCAAUCGCAGAAGGAAAAGAAAUGGGCUUUGUUGAUUUAUAUAGCAUUUAUUUGAGAUCUCCACAUCCCACACAUGGAGAGAAAUUCCAGAGAAAAGGAAAACAAACACACGCUAACGAAUGUGUGGGUUUUUAUUGUACCAGACACUCUAAUGUACACCCCAGCUGUACUGCAGAGAGUUGAUUCAAACAUUCCUCUUCCCCCCUUCGUCCACGUUUGGGCCGGUGAGGCAGAAAUCCCGGCCUUUUGUAGUUUUUAGAGCAACUCAGAGGAGGUCAAAGGGCGACUUUAGGGAAAGUGACAGAUGAGAGAGCAGCAGAGGGGUGGGAAGGGUCGGGGGACAAGCAAGAUCGAUCACAGUGUUAAAAUAAAAAAAAAAAAAAACCUUUAAAGAUUCUCUCUUUGUGGGUCACAAGUCACGACUCAGAGACACUCGAGAAACAGAAAGGGUUUAGACUUAAGACAGCCAUUCACCCAGCUGACCAGAAGUGCAAUAUCAUGUAUCUCAGAGUCAACCUCAGCAUUAAAAAAAAGAGAAAAAAUGUGGAUCUUGAAGUCUUAUGGAUUUACACUCUGGAUCCAGUUUAGGACUCUGUAAAGGAACAACACAUGUGCUUUCAGAGGCCAAACGAAAUAGAAACCAUGGUUAAUGUUGCUAUAGCAGCAGACCGAGGGGACCAUGUUUGUAAGGAAUCAGCAGUGGAACAAGAGACCGAAUCAAGGGAAUGCCAGUUAAGGAAUGACAAAGCCAAAAUUGUGUUGCUUGGGACCUUUUGUUUUACUUCCAUUUUGCAGAAGCAGAAAAUGCAGAUGAGGUUUCUGAUGUGAACAUAUUUAUUAUCACAGGUGUUCUGUGUGUCAGCUGUGUCAUAGAAAAGCUUUUCCAUGUGAUACAACAGAGUGAUGGAGACAAAAAUACUUUAUCUAUCAAACUGACAACAUCCACUCUAGUUUUGUCCAUCUGUCUGCACAGACUGACCCGGUUCUUUCAUUCCUUCAGUAUAUUUUUUGUAGUAUUUGACAAAACAAUAUGACAUAAUGUCAUGUGUACAAGCACAUUAUCAUUGCUAUUUAUAUUAAAAUAAAAACUUCUGAAAAUA